AAUCGCUCUGAAUUGUUGUUUUGGACCCCAUUUGCUUGCCCACGUCGAAGCUCCGCAUGUCCUUCAACUACGUUUUCGAAAUCUGAGCAUCGCUGAAUAUCAUUCGUGCUUGCAGAGUCGAUCGAAGGAUUGUAUUACAUCGGUUGUUGCUGUGAAAUUUCGACCUCUGGAAUCGAGCCUAGAAUUUUUACCUGAUCGCGAUGAUCCCAGUUCGUAGAGUUCCAAUGGCGUGAUGGUGCGGGAGUUGGUGGGUUGCUUGCGGCAAUUCGAUCAGCAGGUUGAAGGAUAUGUGUGAAAACUGUGUUGAGGGUAAAGGAAUUCGGUGAUGGAGUAGAGGAUCAGUUGUGGGCACCAGAAUUUUUGGUUUGAAGUAGUUGUAAUUUUAGGGUUUUUUAAAUUGCUUGACAUCAGUAUCUGACGUUUGGAAGCUCCGGGGCCUGUGUUGAAGCGUUAGACGAUGAUGGAAGGUGUCGAAGGAGGAGCAAUUUGGUGGGGUUAGGGUUUGUGGUAGCUCGUUGUGAGGAUGGGUACUGGAGGUGAUGGUGCAGGAGGGGAUGUGCUGCGGUUGGGAAACCUUUUGCGGAUGGGAGUUCUGUGGACCCUUUGUCUCAUUUACUCUCACCUCUGCCACAUCGUUCUUCGGUUGCGAUCGCGUUAUCAAUCGCAAGGUUUGAGACCUUUUGAGCUCUGUUCCCCCGCGGCAUGUCGUAAGCCAGCGUGCAUCGUUACUGGGGCAUCCUCUGGGAUUGGCCGAGCAACGGCUUCAGCUCUUGCACUUCGGGGCUUUCACGUAAUUCUGGCUGGCCGCUCCUUAGAGCGUCUGCAGGUGGUUCGUGCUGAGAUUGAGGCACAUAGUCCCAGUGUAUCCUGCCAGACUUUGGCUUUGGACUUGUGCUCUGUGCCGUCCAUACUGAAUUUCACUCGAACUGUGAAGAAGCUCUUCGAGGCAGAUGGUGCGCCUGGCAAAUUACAUCUUCUUGUGAACAAUGCUGGGAUUCUGGCAACAUCUGAAAGGUGGACAGAGGAUGGUUUUGAUGUUAUGAUGGCAAGUAAUUAUCUUGGGCCUUAUAUUCUGACUCGCGAGCUUCUCCCACUGCUCCAAAAGAAUGCGCCACAGGCCCGCAUCGUCAAUUUGGUCUCUUUCACUCACCGUGCUGUUCAACGUGCACAAGUAAACGUGCGUCAACUGGGAAGUGGAGGCAUUCGGCGGAAGCACACUAGGAGCGACAUAUAUCAUUUGGCGCAAAUUUACGAGACUUCUAAGUUGUUCAUGAUCCUCUUUUCAUAUGAACUACACCGUCAAUUUUUUUCCAAUUUUGAGCCAGAGAGCCGCGUGUCAGUCAUUGCCGCCGAUCCUGGGGCUGUGAGCACCAAUAUCCUGAGAGAGGUUCCCUCCUGGCUAGCUCAUUUGAGCAGUAUUGUGUUGAGUCUACUUGGCUUGUUGCAGCCACCAAAGUCUGGCGCUUCCGCAGUAGUGGCUGCCGCGAUGGCACCCUGGGAGUUGUCCGGUAAGUACGUUUUUGGAAACGAUGGCCUAUGUUGCAAGUCUUCUUCCAUUACUUACGAUGAGAAACUUGGUUGUAGCCUCUGGAAUGCCUCAGAAAACAUUUACAAAGAAGCCCUUAGCAGACACUGAAGUAGGUUUGAUUUUGUGGUGUGAUUCCUAUAUUUAAUUUGCACACAGCUAUGUUGCUACAUUGUGGAACUUGAAAUCCUAAUCAACUCCCCGUCAUCGAAUAUCAUGCUUCUUUUCCA